AUGUCAGGCGCCGUCGGCACUGCUCUCGCGGCGGGGUUUCCUGCCCCGCUGAACACCGCGGUCAAGGGGAUCACGGAUCACGUCGCCAGCGCGGCGAUGAAGAACCAGGUAUGAAAUGCAAAAAUGUCUGGGUCUGGAAACUUGUGAUGCUAAAAUGUGCAUGAUGAAAACAUUUCCGAAUGUUGCAGUCCGGCAUGACAACUUCCCGAAACGGUUUCUCAUAGGCAAUGCGCAUGAGAAACUGCGUUUUUGCAUGACAAAAGAGGCUGCGACUUUUGUUGGUUAUGCAAUACAGAUUUUCUAGCUCUAGGUAUGGAAAGCUAGCAUUACAAUGCAAGUUCCAACCUUCCAGACCCAGACAUUUUUACAAUCCAUACCAGGAGUUUUUCAUCGACGAGGGGCGGAAACUCCUGGACCUGCAAACCAACAACUAUCACAAAGCGUACAAACACGAUCUGAAAGUCACCGUCGCCUACCAGUCCCCCAACAUCGUCUAUGCGAGAAAAAAACUGUGUAAGUGUAAAUCUGUGAUGCAGAACUGAACAUGCAACAGAGUUACACCUGUCAUGCUAGACAGCCAUGAAGUCCUCUCUUCGUGUGUGUUUUCCCUUACAAGCCACGCAUGAGAGGUUUUCUCUGUCAUGUAGAGCUGCAAAUUUGUAAUGCUGUCAGCCAAAGAUAGUUACACUAACACAGUUUUUUCCUUGGAUAUCGUCGCGACCAACUUCAUUGACGACAAGGGGGAAUUUAACAAGAACUUCAUCUGCGACAGAGCCGCCGGCCACCCGAUGCCCCCGACCGCGUCUUUUUUGACCGGGAACAUCGACAAACGGCCGCGGAUCGACUUGAGUAAGAAGGUGGAAAACAUCCACGCGAAGUUUGUUGAUAAAACCACCGGGAAGGUGCACUGGGACGUGGUCUACGAUUUCCACAUAUGCAUUGCAAAAGCAUCGUACUCGUAGUAAUCGCAGUCAUGCAUGACAAAUCUCCAUACCAAGGUAAAACCGCAUGACAAAUUUCAUUUGUCAUGCUGACCGAAUUUGUAAUGCGAUUUCUACUAGUACGAUACUUUUGCACUGCAUACCACAAAGUAGACGACGAAACUGCGAAGGACGGAGCAGUAUCCACUGCAGAUAUGUCUGGGUCUGGAAACUUGUGAUGCUGGCUUGGGAAUGGUGGACACAUUGCAAUACGCAGCCAAGCAUGACAAGUUCUUGAGCUGCUGUCUGUUGUGAGUUCUGCAUGGCAAACUGCGCUUUUGCAUGACAGACAAGCGACUCUCAUCCUGCUCAUGCAUCACAGAGUUCGGAGCCAUGAGAGACAAGCAUGACAAACUUCCACUCCAGACCCAGAGAUAUUUGCAGUUGAUAAGCGGUCGCGGGUAGCAGCGAAUUCUUCGAUUUGCUGCAAAACGACAUUUUCGGUGGGGCGAAGACCUCCGCGUCGAUCUUGCAGUGGUCGGAAAAGAUUCCUUUUCUCGGGCGGAUGGCGAAAGCCCGGGUUGGGGGUGCGCAGCAGGAUUUUUUGCAAAUUUGUCCGCCGAAAUCGGACCCGCCGCACUGGUACGAGUUGUCGCUCUUCGACGAGGGAGCGCCGCCGGACCGGUACAACGGCGGAAAUUUGAUCGGGAAGAUGCUGUUUGUAGAGCAACACCCUCUGGACGUCCCAAAUGAAAACAUCGCGCACAAGGAGGCAGACAUUUUAGAAAAGGCAAUGCCGGAAAUGGUCAUGUUUGCGCAGAGCUGA